CUUUACUUCCUAAAAGGACAAAUUUGUCCGCUUUUAAAUAAAUGGUCCUUUUGGCUAAAAUAUCCCGAGUUGGAAGGUGUUUGCUGAAGAGGACAUUAUUGUCCUAUUAUAUUGACGGUACUGGCAACUCUGCUUCAGCCCUGGUUUUUCAUCAAGCUCAGAAAACUGGAAAACAUCACAGGGUGUGGAUGCUUUAUCAUGCACCGACUGCAUCAACAUUUUGAGCCAUCAUGGAUCCUCAACCAGGUGGAUCAGGAAUCACCACAGCAAAUUUCUACAGGAAUGGAAGAGUAUAUAGGCCACGGGUUAUGCAUCAGUUUUUGUGUUCAAGUGACACAGAAGAUAUUGUUGAACAUGUUGUGGAUGAGGUGGAAGAUGCUUACUCACCACAUGAGUCUGAGGAAGAACCGUCUUCUGAUGGGGAGGAAUUUCCUGAUGAUACAGUUGUAUUAGAAAUCUAUAUGCAGUUCAACAAAAUACUAACAAACCACUUAGAGGUACCUAAGAGGAAGCAAAUGUCCCUGUGUGAAUUCAAGCUCAAACUUGCAGCUUCUCUUUUGCGAAGUGGAAAAAGUAGAGGUGAAAAGAGAAAACCGUCGAGUAAUGUAACAAAUGCUGCAUACAUUACCAAGAAAAAAACUGGGAGAGCAACUAAGCCUAUUCUUGACAAAGACAUAAGACUGGAUAUGUAGGCACUUCCCAAUCAUUUCUGAGAAAAGAGGCACAUGUA